UCCACCUUAAAAAACAAUUUGAAAUGUGAAUUUAUUGUGUAUAUCUCUGCUUAAUCUGCUUUUGAGCGCUAAAUAAAAAAUCUACUAUUUAAGAAGCAUCACAGAGCUCCACUCUUUGGCACAAACUCGCACGUCGGCGCGGAAAACGCGAGUAAGCAGAGACAAACAUGUCGUGUGAAGAAAGCUACUUGGCUAUCAGACGCUAUCUGACGGAUGAACGGGAGCCGUAUGCACCGGGGACGCCAGGCAACACCAAGAGGAAAAUCCGAAAAGCUGCUGCCUGCUACGUUGUCCGGAACGGGACUUUGUUUUACCAGCGACGACUAAAGGGUCAGAAUGAUUUCACGGAGCUGGAGGUUGUACUGCAGGACAGCCGGAGGAAGGAACUUAUCAAAGAUGCGCACACUAUGGCAGAAGGGGAGCAUUUCAACCAGCAACUCACAUGGGAAAUUAUCUCCCAGAAAUAUUGGUGGAGAGGAAUUCUGAAAAACGUCAAGGACCACAUCAGGGAGUGUGCUCACUGUCAGAGCAAGCGGAGCAUGGACGACGGGUCUGGAUCUCGGUCAUUCUCCAGGACGGGGAAGCGCCGGCACGACGAGGAGCCGGAAGAAGAGGAGGAGGAGGACGAUGGCUUCUUCGUUAAGGAUGUAUCUUCGCAGCAGAAAUCCAGGGCGCCUAAAGAAAAGGGCAGGCAUGAAGUGGUCUUUGUGGACAGCAGAGGGGAGGUGAAUCAGUUUCUGCCCAAACACAGCCAGACGAUGCUGGACAAACUCAACAGGCAGCGCCUGGAAAAUCAGUUCUGUGACAUCACGCUGCUGAUCGAAGGAGACGAGUACAGAGCGCACAAAGCGGUUCUGGCUGCAUGCAGUGAAUACUUCAACGAGCUCUUCUUCGAGAAGGGUGCUGUGACCACACACGAAGCUGUGGUGGACCUGAGCGGUUUCGCUAAAGCCAGCUUCCUCCCGCUGCUGGACUUCGCCUACACCUCCAAGCUGACAUUUAACUUCUGCAUCAUGGCGGACAUCGCCAACCUUGCCCGCCACCUGCUGAUGACAGAGGUGUUGCAGAUAUGCGAGUCUGUGCACAAACAGGUGGAGGACCACAAGCUGACGGUGUAUCAGAAAGGGGAGGUGCACACCGUGGUGUCGAGUCAACCGGCUCCCCAGGAGGCUAUGAAGGAUGAGCCCGAGGCGUACGUGGUGACCAUAGAGAGCGAGGACAGCGAGCCUGUGGCUUACGUCACCUCGUCCAAAGACGCCUUCAUGCAGCAGCCCAUCACAGUGGUCACCCAGUCUGUAGAAGGAGAGGCGGUGCACACCGAGGAGGUGGCGCCGAUGGAGCCUGUGGCUCUGAUCGCUCACAGCGCGCACGUUGAGGAGGCAGAAACAGUCACCCUGAUCACCGGCAGCGCAGACGGGAUGGAGGGCGAGGCGAUGACUGUAGUGACCCACAGCGGUCAGGCUGGGGCCAGCGAGUCCUUGGCUGUGGUGUCAGCCUGCCUGGCGAUGGAGCAGCCUCAGGUGGCCGAAGAAGAAACGUAUGUCAUCAGCGUAGACCUGGAGGAAGCGAACUCCUCAGAGGGGGCCAAGAAAACAGUUUCAUCCCAGCAGCAGGGGGAGCAGCAGCAGGAGAAACAGCAGGAGGAGACUGUGGUGAUGCAGAAAGCAGAAGCUGAAGUUGAAGUUGAAGCCGUUGUUGUUCCUCCAAAACGCAAACGAGGACGCCCGGCUAAAGUGAAGAAGGUGGUGGAGAUGGAGGACAUGGUACCGGCUGAGGAGGUUCCCUCUCCAGAUGAAGGCUCCUCUGAUAAGCAGGAGUCCCUGUCAGAUGACCCGAGGAGAAGGCGACUGCGGCAGCGCUCCAUGGCUGAGGGUGGCUAUGCUCGUCUGCAUAUGGGCCUGGAAGAGGAAGAGGAGAAAGGUUCAACUCUGCCCCGUGUCACCCCCCCUAAGGUGGGUCCCAGGCACGGCAAGAGAGGAAGACCACCGAAGCAGCCAGUGCAGGUCGACGCGACGGAUCAGGCUGGGAGUGAUUCUGCAGCAGACGCCAGCGAGGUGCAGAACGACACCGCUGCAGAAGCCACUGCAGAGGAAGCUUCAACCAAGGAGUCGGAGCCAGAAAGGGCUGUCAAGCAGCUCCAAGCCGCAUCAGAGGGCGCCGUGGACGGAGAACACACGUGCUCUGAGUGCGGCAUGUCCUUCCAGAGACGCUACUCGCUCAUCAUGCACACCCUGAAGCACGAGAAAGCUCGGGGAUACAAGUGCAGCCUUUGCAGUAAGGAGUUCCAGUACUCCGCCUCUCUCCAAGCGCAUCUGGCCCGACACAAGCAGCACAGGAGCCAGUGGGGCGCUCCCGCCAAAGUCCCUGCAGAACACGGCUCUCAGGGCAGAGAGGACGCCGAAGCUAACGACAAGACCUCGGCAUCGGCCACCAAGAGAGAGUUUGUGUGUGACAUCUGCGGGAAAACGUUACCCAAGCUGUACUCGCUGCGGAUCCACAUGCUGAGCCACACCGGCGUGCGGCCGCACUCCUGCAAAGUGUGCGGCAAGACGUUCGCCCACAAGCCCAGCCUGAAGAUGCACCGCGCGCUGCACGACAGCGCCAAGCAGUUCCAGUGCGAGUUCUGCAGCAAGACCUUCAUGAGCAAGAGGAGCAUGGAGGAGCACACCAGCCUGCACACAGGUGAGUCAAAGUACCUCUGCAACACAUGUGGAACCACGUUCUACCGAGCGUCUGCUCUGAGCAAACACCUGAAGAGGCACCAGCCCAGGCCGGAAGUGCGUCCGUUCUCCUGUUCCCACUGUGACAAGAGCUUCUACGAAUCGAAGGACCUGCAGCAGCACAUGAACAAGCACAUGGGCCUGAAGCCUUUCCAGUGUCAGGUGUGCGGGAAGUGCUACAGCUGGAAGAAGGACUGGUACUCGCACGUCAAGUCCCACAGCGUGGCCGAGCCUUACAAGUGUAACGUGUGCGGGAAGGAGUUCUUCGAGAAGGCUCUGUUCAGGAGACACGUGAAGAAAGCAACGCACGGCAAGAAGGGCAGAGUGAAGCAGAACCUGGAGAGGGAGUGCGAACACUGCGGCAGGAAGUUCACUCAGCUUCGGGAGUACAGACGCCACGUCAAUAACCACCAGGGGGUGAAGCCCUUCGAAUGCCUGACGUGUGGCGUGGCCUGGGCGGACGCCCGCUCCCUGAAGCGUCACGUGCGCACUCACACGGGCGAGCGGCCGUACGUGUGCCCCCUGUGCCAGGAGGCUCACAUCGACGCCCGCACUCUACGCAAGCACAUGGCCAAGUACCACGUGGACAACCUGCCGGGGAAGAUCAUGCUGGAGAAGGACACGCUCCAGUUUCACAACCAGGGCACCCAGGUGGAGCACGCCGUCAGCAUCCUGGCGUCCGACCUGCCGCCCGAGCUCCGACCCGCCCAGCAGGCGGCCUCAGAGGAGAUCGAGACAGUGCUGAUCACGGAGGAGACGGUGGAGGCGGUGGAGGCCGUUCAGGCCGUGCAGGGAGCGAGCGACGGGUCGAUGUCGACGCUUUCGGAUCAGGGGAUCAUGCAGGUGGUCAACUACGUCCUGGCCCAGCAGGGGCUCACAGAGGUGAAGCCUGACGAGGCCCCAGAGGUCAUCCAGACCAUGGAGGUGGAGGUGGCUCAUGUCACCGAGGUGGAGUGAACCAGACUGAACGACUCAGCAGUUUUCUUACAGUCUGUAUAAAAUGUACAAACAUUCUGUACGAAACAAAGCUUAAAAUAUUUUUCUGAACAUGUAAAUAACGAGGCUGGCUUAGCCCUGGAAUGUGUGUUUUCUGUAAAUAAAGGAACAGAAGUAAGAUGACCCUGUGAGUUCAAUUUCGAUGAAAUCUGGCACUUACAAAUAAAGGUCAAACUAAGACUUUU